UUGCAGGAUUUUUAUGGACUUGAAGCAGUACGUAAAUUUUUUGGUGAGAAAUUCACAAAAACUGUUGCGCAUGAAAUUGAUGGUCUUAUUUUCCAACCUGUCAACGAGCCAUACUGUGCAGGCCGGUGCGAUAAGUUACUAAAAUGGAAGCCACCUUCACAUAAUUCGAUUGAUUUUCUGUUGCGAAUUCAACGUAUCUGCAAACCCGGCCGAUGCGAUAAAUUACUAAAAUGGAAGCCACCUUCACACAAUUCGAUUGAUUUUCUGUUGCGAAUUCAACGUAUCUGCAAACCCGGUGAAUUACCCGAAUACAUUGGCUUUCUGUAUGUGCAACAUGAAAAUGAACCAAAAGCGCAAAUGAAAGCUACCAAAAAAUUGUUGCCUUAUAAUAAUAAAAUCAUCGAAUGCACUUACACGAAUGGCAAAUGGGAAUUUAUGCGAGAGCGUACGGACAAGAGUUUGCCGAAUUCAAGUAAAACAGCAACAGCUGUCUGGAAUAGCAUCAUUUAUCCGAUUGACAAAGAAAUGCUAGUUGCCUACGUGGAAAAUAUCUGCAAUAGAAGGUCUUUAAACUUUUUAAACAUUUGA